AGAGAGUGAAGGCGGGGAUCAGAUUAGUUUGAAAUUUGGAGUGAGGUUUUUUUUUUUGUUUUUAAAUAAUCUAUUUAGUGUUGCAAAGUUAAGCUUAUCAAGAAGGAAAUGGCUGGUGGAAAAGCUGGGAAGGACUCUGGAAAGACCAAGACAAAGUCGGUUUCCCGCUCUCAGAGAGCAGGUUUGCAGUUCCCAGUUGGUCGAAUUCACAGACAUCUGAAAUCCAGGACUACAAGCCACGGUCGCGUAGGCGCUACAGCGGCCGUCUACAGUGCAGCUAUCCUGGAGUAUCUCACUGCCGAGGUUUUGGAAUUGGCAGGAAAUGCAUCUAAAGAUUUGAAAGUGAAGCGUAUCACUCCUCGCCACUUGCAGCUUGCCAUUAGAGGAGAUGAAGAGUUGGACUCCCUUAUCAAGGCAACAAUUGCUGGUGGUGGUGUCAUUCCUCACAUCCACAAAUCGCUAAUUGGCAAAAAGGGACAACAGAAGACUGUAUAAAGAACAACCUGGUUUUAUUGGGUCAAGAAAUAUCUGGACACUGAACUUGUUCCAAGUUGUUCUGAAAAUGGGUGGGAGGAUAUUCUGCUUUUGUAAUAGAAUUUGUUUUAAACUGAGUUGUGCAUUUACUCACUUCUGAGGUAUGCAAGUGUGGCUUCAAAGAAGCUUGGUUCUUAAACUGUGGUAGGUUUCAGAGGGUAAGUUUGUGUAUACAUUAUCAAACACUCAAAACCUGACUUGACUGUUUCCAAUUUGCAUCAAUUGCUGUUUUUUGUUCUGACUUGUAUCUUGGACAAAAGCUCAAUAAAUGUUUAAACAUUGUG